UGCAUGUGUAUGUGCAUUCGUGCUUCGCUUUUCUGAACCUCGGCUGCCUCAUAUGCCACUGGGAUAAAUCUUCCUCACUCUGAACAGGAUCCUGCUUACUGGAUAUUCCUGAUGGAUAGCUAAAAGAGCUUACUUGCACAGCCACCUCGCUCACACAGUACUGCGGAAGAUUUCAUUGAGAAAUGUUUGUGUUUGCUGAAAGAAUGGGCAGAUAGUUACAAACCAACCCUUUUCUUCGUAAAAGCUAACCUGUGGAUACCAAAGAAUGGAAAUUGUUGAUGAUAGCUUACUUGGAAAUGGUACCAAUAUUUCUGCUUUCCUGUGUGAUAUCAUCUUGGAAAAUGACACUUUUUUCUGUGCGGAUGAUCCACCGUAUCCUUCUAAAGAUUUGCAUCAGACCAUUCGGAUCCUGCUGUACGCUUUGAUAUUUCUGCUCAGUGUUUUGGGGAAUAUUCUUGUAAUUACGGUGCUGAUAAGAAACAAGCGGAUGAGAACAGUCACAAAUACGUUUCUGCUCUCACUAGCUGUCAGUGACCUAAUGCUCUGCCUUUUCUGCAUGCCAUUCACCCUCAUUCCCAACCUGCUGAAAGAUUUUAUUUUUGGUAGUGCUGUUUGUAAAACUGCCACUUACUUCAUGGGUGUCUCUGUAAGCGUAUCUACGUUCAACCUGGUUGCCAUAUCUUUGGAGAGAUACAGUGCCAUUUGCAAACCUUUACAGUCCAGGGUCUGGCAGACAAAAUCUCAUGCCUUGAAAGUGAUUGCUGCUACCUGGUGUGUUUCCCUCAUUAUCAUGUCACCAUACCCAAUCUACAGCAAACUGGUACCUUUUACCAAGUACAACAACAGCACAGCAAAUAUGUGUCGGCUCCUUUGGCCAAGUGAUGUCAUUCAGCAAUCCUGGUAUACUUUCCUGCUACUCAUCCUCUUCCUUAUACCUGGGAUUAUAAUGAUGGUUGCAUAUGGCCUGAUUUCUCUGGAACUCUACAGAGGCGUAAAAUUUGAUGUCAGCCAGAGAAAAUCUGCACGAGAAAGAAAAACAAGUACCAGCAGCACCAAAUAUGAGGAUGGAGAUGGAUGCUACUUGCACAAAGCCAAAAGAAAAAGAAAAAUGCCAUUGCAACAGCUCUCUGCUACUAGCAGUAGCAAAAUAGACCGGGCAAGAAGCAGCAGCUCUUCUGCCAACUUAACAGCCAAGAAACUCGUCAUCCGCAUGCUGGUGGUGAUAGUGAUUCUGUUUUUCCUCUGCUGGACGCCCAUCUUCAGUGUGAACGCCUGGCGCGCGUUCGACACCACCUCAGCGGACCAGCAUCUCUCAGGAGCUCCUAUCUCCUUUAUUCACUUGUUGUCCUACACGUCCGCCUGCGUGAACCCCAUCAUAUACUGCUUUAUGAACAAGCGUUUCCGCAUGGGUUUUCUAGCCACUUUCACCUGCUGUGCUAAGCAAAAGCCCCCUGCAAUGAAAGGGGAGGCUGCUGAGGAAGAGGAGGGGAAGACAACGGGGGCCUCUCUAUCCAAAUGCUCCUACACACACGUGAACGUAUCUGCACCCCCCUGAGCUGCUUCUGGAGAGAAGAGGCUACAAGUGGCCUCAGAACUUCAAAUAUUUAUCAUCCGGUCUUGGGAAGUGACUGUGGCAUGCGCUGAACACAGUUUAGUUCUGAAGAAAUAAAACGCUUCAGCUGACAGUAAAUGCAGAGAGAAUUUCAUGGGAAAUGGAUGCUAUCAUUGUCUGUGCUUUAUAUCACCUUCCCUCAAAACUACAAAGGAGGAAAUGGGCUCUUUGGAGACAAGGGACUUUGUAAAAAGCCCUAGAAGAUGGCGUAUUUGUUAUAAACUGUCCUGGAAAAGGAAAAAAAAAAAGGCAUCCUUUCCAUCAACAGUUUAGCUCAGUUUUUAGCUACAGUUCUGAGUAUCCCACUAAAUUUCCCACGAUGCUAAUAGAUUCUCAAAUAUGCAUACAAACCUGCGUUUUACUGUCUGCACUUCAGUGUCUAUGUGUUAUAAUUAAAAUCUUCCAGUUACUUUCACAGUAUUUUUUCAAAUUAUUCUCACUGAGCUAAUACAUGCUGAGAACAUUUUGCUGUUGUAGUCAAUUAAGAGAAUUUUGGGGUGGAGAGAAAGGGAUCGUCUAUGGGAAAAUAAUGCUUUCAAGUAAAAUAGUUUCUUUUUUUUAGUAAAAUGAAAAAGACAUUGGUGGCUUUAAGCAUAGAUGGGACGCACUCUUCAUCCAGAUGAGAACCUAUGAUAAACUAAUAUAAAUUUGUGCGUUUUUGGUUUAAAUAAAAACCACAGAACCAGCACAAAGAAGUGGCAAGCGCCCAUGCAGGCAAGUGGCAGGUUCUGCAGCAAACCCAAAGGCUUUGGUGGAAACUACCGCAUGGGGAAGCAUAGGUAUAAAUGCUCAGGAUACGUGCAAAGAGGUGCUUUCACAAAAGACACAGGAUUGGACACCUAGACCAAUGCCCACAGUAGUAAUACAUCUCACAAACAUAUUGACAGUCAUUCCUAGUGUGGUACUGCACACAUGAAAAUAGAAACACUUAGAUGUAGGAAAACAGAAACAGUACACAAAGAAAGCAAAGACUGAAAGAGCAGGCACUUUUUUCAGGUAGUGAACAGCUUUACUAAACUUUGCAACUAUUUUCUCCAAAUAUACGUAUUUGUAAACAGAAAACAUGGAAAACAAUGAAUGAUGUAAUUAUUGGUGUUUUGUUGAGCAAAGAAAUCAGCCUCUCUGCUGAGCACUUGGGUGAGUGCACGUGUUCGGAUAAUGCGCUUUGCCCUGGGAGCUAGACAGUAGGAGUUAUAUAAAUUAUAUUGUAUUUCGUUUUGUGAAAAUACCUCUUGGAGAUGCUUCUGUCUUCUGAGUCAAUAUCAUUUAAAAAACUUGGUAUUAGACAGAGAUUAAAUUUGAGCAGAGUGGAAUGUAGAUGUGGAUGUGAAAUAUAACCACUCUCAAGGUUUUUAAUCGGAGAAUCUGCUCUCCUUCCAGAGUGAUUUUAAAUUGGAAAUAGAGUUUGGGUUCCAAGCGCCCGGAUUCACGUGCUGCCCUCAGCUAGUGCCCCAAGUGGUUACCUGUGCGGCUCUAGCACACAGCUGCAGCUAUUAACUUUUUGUAUCCAACCGGUCCACAGACAGGAAAUUAAAAAAAAAUUAUAGAUGCUAUUUAUGCACAGUCCAUAAAAACAAUGUUUUGCCUGCCAUGUUAAUAAAGUAGCGCUCUUUCUGGAGCUGGGAUGAGACCGUGGACAGUGAUCUGAUCUUUUGCAAAUUCUCAUGGAAGUAAAUCAUGGGAUUUAAUUCAUAGCAAUGAAAUGAAAAUUUUGCUUCAGUUAAAGAUGUAGGAUGAGACCUUCUACAAGCCUGUCCUGCCUGUUGAAACUGAAGGAACAAAACUAGCUGCUUUUGGAUUUAUGCAGUGAGAAAACAGAAAAAAUUAUUUGUGAAGUAUUUUGUACCAUUUGAAAGUCUGACUUCAUUAUAGGGCAUGGUUUAAAAUUGUUCCUGCAAAGAAAUCACAUUUUAGCAGUACACUGGAUGUGAAUAUGAGUACAUGCUGUACAGAGAGGAAACCUACUUUAGGGUUUUAUAUUUGUUCUAAAACACAAAUUCCUUUGCGUAGAUGUAGAUUUUCCAGCACUCCCAGAGUCGGCGCAGCUGUUCGUGCUCCGUUCCCCGCAUCCCUGAGGAUGGCGGGUUCACAUGAAAGGCGAAAGCUAUUUCCGACAGUGCCUUAAUCAGCUCACAGGUCCCCCGUGGCCUGCAAAACCUGCGGCUGCAGCAAGCCAGGAGAGUUUCUGCUUAGCCCCCGCUCGCAGUGGCCGCGGGAGCCGGCCGGCGGAGACGAGCGAGGGCGGCCGCAGCAGUGGGGCAGCAGCCCGGCGACCGGGAGCUUCGAGACAGGCCGGGAAGGGCACGUUCCCGCUUGGGCAAGGCCGGUUCUGGGCACGUGCCGCUCUUCCCCUCCAUUUCCCCCUACUUACUCUUUUUUUUUUUUUAAACCAAAGUGUUAGUGCUUUAACCCAACUCCAGAAGUCAUUAGCCUUAAGCCGGAUUCCGUCAAGGGGUAGAAUUAAGGUUUUAAAAUGCAGCAUUGCAACCCAGGGUGCUAUCUGCCUCUGCCCAGUCUCCUGGCCCAGGACACUGAAACCUUUCUGGGUGCAUCCUAGCGCAGUUCCCCAUCCAUGCAUGCCCAAAGCCGUUCCUGGCACCGACUGCUGUUCUUGCUUUGCUAACGUGUCAUAAAACCCUCCCAACACUUUCACUUCAGAUACUGGAAAUGUAUGUUCAAAUAUAAAUAUGAACAGAAUAAACUGGUAUCAAAA